AUGUCCGAAAAGAGCUCAUCCUCCGGUUCAGACGAAGAUGUGGAACCAGAAUCCGCACAACCUGUGGAGUUCGGAGGCGUGUUGAGCAAGUGGACCAAUUACAUACACGGAUGGCAGGACCGAUGGGUUGUGUUGAAGAACAACGCUUUGAGCUACUACAAAUCAGAGGAUGAAAGGGAAUAUGGCUGCAGGGGCUCUUUGUGUCUCAGUAAGGCUGUUAUCACACCCCACGAGUUUGACGAGUGCCGUUUUGACAUCAGUGUCAACGACAGCGUCUGGUACCUCCGAGCUGAAGACCCAGAGCACAGGCUCCAGUGGAUCGAGUCCAUUGAGGUACACAAGGCAGAGUCAGGGUAUGGUUCCGAAUCUAGUCUGAGGCGACAUGGUUCCAUGCUGUCUCUCACUUCAGCAGCUAGCGCCUUGUCUGCCACGUCCACAUCCUCUUUCAAGAAAGGGCACAGGCUGUGCGAGAAAUUGGCAGAAAUGGAGACCUUCCGAGACAUUCUUUGCAGACAAGUGGACACAUUGCAGAAAUAUUUUGACUCCUGCGCUGACGCUGUUUCCAAAGACGAAUUUCACAGGGACAGAGUUGAAGAGGAUGAAGAUGAUGACUUCCCUGCCACCUCAAGGCCAGAGGGGGAUGGUUGUUACAACAACAACGGCAGCAAAGAGAAACUUUUCUCCCCCGCCAGUCCCAAAGGCAUCAAUGGCAUAGACUUCAAAGGUGAAGCAAUCACUUUCAAGGCCACCACCGCGGGCAUUCUGUCCACUUUGUCUCACUGCAUAGAGCUGAUGGUCAAACGAGAGGACAGUUGGCAGAAGAGACUGGAUAAGGAGCUGGAAAAGAGAAGGCGGGUAGAAGAUGCCUACAAGUCUGCUGUGCAUGAACUAAAGAAAAAGUCACAUUAUGGAGGCCCUGACUACGAGGAGGGGCCCAACAGUUUGAUCAAUGAGGACGAGUUCUUUGAUGCAGUAGAAGCUGCACUGGACAGACAAGACAAAAUCGAAGAGCAGUCCGAAAAGGUCAGGAUCCCUCGACUGACUCCAGUUCCUCCUGGUGACGUCUACUCCAGCAUCAGCACACACAGAUUCGCUUCCAAGGCACGUAGUCAUUGCUCUUCCCUGUCCUCUGUCGAGCUAGUCAGUGCUUCAGAUGAUGUUCACAGAUUCAGCACUCAGGUGGAAGAGAUGGUGCAGAAUCAUAUGACGUACUCGCUUCAGGAUGUGGGUGGCGAUGCCAACUGGCAGCUGGUCAUCGAGGAAGGGGAGAUGAAGGUGUAUAGAAGAGAGGUGGAAGAGAAUGGUAUCGUUUUGGAUCCCCUUAAAGCGACACAUGCUGUCAAAGGGGUGACGGGUCACGAGCUUUGCCAUUACUUCUGGGACACGGCCGUGCGCAUGGACUGGGAGUCCACCAUCGAAAAUUUCAACGUGGUGGAAACACUCUCGGACAACGCCAUCAUAGUUUAUCAGACGCACAAGAGGGUGUGGCCGGCCUCUCAGAGAGACGUCCUCUACCUGUCGGCCAUCAGAAAGAUCUUGGCAACCAAUGAAAAUGACCCUGACACCUGGCUGGUGUGCAACUUUUCUGUGGACCAUGAAAAUGCGGCCCCUUCUAAUCGGUGUGUGCGAGCCAAAAUCAACGUUGCCAUGAUCUGCCAAACUCUGGUCAGCCCACCAGAGGGCGAUAAAGAGAUCAGCAGGGAUAACAUCCUUUGUAAAAUCACCUAUGUGGCCAAUGUAAAUCCCGGCGGGUGGGCUCCGGCCUCGGUUCUCCGGGCCGUCGCCAAGCGAGAGUACCCCAAGUUCCUCAAACGUUUCACCUCCUACGUCCAGGACAAGACUUCGGGGAAGCCCAUCCUGUUUUGA